AUGCAAAGCUCCUCUGUCCCGACGAGUCUAUUCAAGAUGGGGUCGGACGAUCUGCAUGAAAAGGAGAAGGACAUAGUGUCUUCAGUCCGACCGCCUCAUCAGCGACGUUUGAGCCCGUUCGUCAUCGCAGGCCGUCCGGAGGAGAAGCAGCUGGGGAUCUCGACCCGCCGGCUGAAUGUCAAAGACUUCACACUGUUGAAGACACUGGGUACAGUGAAGUUGAAUGAAGAAAGACAGCGAAGGAACCGGGUGUACGCACUGAAGAUGCUCCGGAAGGCCGAUGUUAUCAAGUUGAAGCAAGUCGAACACGUCCGUAAUGAGCGGAAGACACUUGCGGAUGUUUCCGGCCAUCCGUUCAUCACAACUCUAAUCGCAUCAUUCUCCGAUGACCAGAAUCUCUAUAUGCUGUUGGAUUAUUGUCCUGGCGGCGAGAUCUUUAGCUAUCUGAGACGUGCGCGACGCUUCAACGAAAACACCUCCAAGUUCUACGCCGCUGAGAUCGCCCUGACAAUCGAGUUCCUCCAUGACGUGGAGGGCGUUGUUUACCGGGACCUCAAGCCGGAGAACAUCCUGCUGGAUGCCGAGGGGCAUAUUAAACUUGUCGACUUUGGUUUCGCUAAACAGGUUGGCGACCACGAAACUUAUACUCUCUGUGGCACCCCCGAGUAUCUUGCUCCGGAGGUCAUCCAUAACAGUGGCCAUGGCCUUGCCGUUGACUGGUGGGCUCUGGGAAUCCUGAUCUACGAGUUCCUCGUGGGACAGCCGCCGUUCUGGGAUCAGAAUCCGAUGCGUAUAUACGAACAAAUCGUGGAAGGCCACAUACGUUUCCCCCAGAAUAUGUCGCCUGCCGCACAAAAUAUCAUAUCGUUACUCUGCAAGACCAGCCCGACCGAGCGGUUGGGCUACAUCUCCGGAGGCUCCGCCCGAGUCAAGACGCACCCAUUUUUCGAAGAUAUAAACUGGGACGACUUGUUUUAUCGUCGCAUCAAGGGGCCUAUCAUCCCUCGGGUCGAUCAUCCCGCAGAUACCGGGAAUUUUGAAGAAUACCCGGAUCCGGAUGUGAGGAACCAGAGUCCCUACACUGAGGACUUGAGAAACAAGUAUGAGGCGCUCUUCGCCGAUUUUUGA